UGUGUGUGUGUGUGUCUGUCAGGCUGACUGAGAGCUCUGCAGGUGUAGCUGAGCAGCUGCAGUCCACCAGGCAGAUGGCGGAGGACCUGAUGGAGUCCCAGGCCGCCGCCUUGCAGGCGCAGCAGGAGAUCCUGAACAACGGGGAGGAGCUGAGGGUCACCCUGAGAGACUCGACCCAGGGUCUGCGGUCCGUCUUCUCCGAGCUCAGCAGUGUCUCCAGGGGACAGCAGGUGGUGUUGUCUGAACUCUUCAACAGAGUGUCCUUCCUGCAGAGUUUCCUGCUGAUGGAGGCUCAGAGUCUGAGCUCCUGCUGCUACAACGCUGCAGCGCUCUGCACCUCCUUCCUCCUCACCUCCACCCGGCGCUCCUCCAGAGCCAGGUAACCC